AUGCCACAAAUAAAGAGAGGUUACGCAGGAUCAGCAGCCAACUUGGCAAAGUGGAGAGAAGAACAGAAAGCAUUGAAAGAGAGUGCUUAUGUCUUGUAUGACUCUGAUGAUGAUGGAGAUAAUGGUGAUGGUGAUCAACAACCACCAGCUACAGUCGACCAACCAAAGACAAUUGUUGUCGAAUCAGAGAAGCCCAAACCAUUACGAGCAACCAAACCUCGUGUCAACAAGACUGAUCUGAUGGACAAGAAACUUGAUGAGUUGAUGGAGAAGAUAAACAACUGGGAGACUAAUCAAAAGAAGCUCAAGGAGCCAGAGCCAAUCGUCGUUCAAAAUACUACUGUCCCAGUUGCUCCAAUCGCACAACAAAUCCUUGCUGUAUUGAGGAGGAGCUUGCUUUGA